AUGGGACUUUGUAAUUCUAAAAGCAUUGCUAGAAAAACAUCCACAAAACAACAAUUUUUUAAUCCAGUUGAUUCAUAUCAAUCCACAAGGUCGAUGUUACAUCAUGACCACAAGAAAACUAUCAAAGGGCUGAAACCCAAAAAUAAAACCAGUACAAAAGAACUCAAACGAUCAGACAUACAAAAUUCUUUCAAUGGUGAUAUGCGUAAUGAAAAUUCUAUAGAUCUCUAUGAGAUGGAACAUCAAAUAUUAAAAGAUGUUUGGCAAGGAAAUUUUUGUUGUGAUAUCAGAGCGGAAUUACAGACUGAAAAAAAUUAUGUUUUAGAUGUUGCGUGUGGGCCUGGUCAUUGGAUUCGUGAUAUGUCAUAUGAAUUCCCAAAAUCACAUUUUAUAGGAAUUCAAGCAUCACCAUGUCAUAAAGUUGAGCCUUCAUCUAAUACAGAUAUUUUCCGAAUAGAUAUACUUGACGGAUUAUCAUAUGGAAAUGACUCUUUUGAUUAUGUUCAUAUGAGUUGUUUGGGUCCAAAUUUUAGUAAAAGUGAUUGGGAAAAAACGAUUCAGGAAAUGGUCAGGGUAACAAAACCUCAAGGAAUAAUUGAAAUUGUGGUCGGAAGUUGUGAUUGUGAAAAUUCGGGUCCAAUAAUGAAGAAAUUAUGUAACAGUCGUCGUGCAUUCUUAGAAACGAAAGGUGUUGAAGUCGAUAUAUCAAAGCGCUUGGAAAGUUUAAUGAAAAAUACACAAAAAUUCGUGUCGCUGGAAAAACAAACACGUAAAAUACCGAUUGGAAAAUCUGAAAUUGUUGGAGAGAUGUUUCAAAGUUAUUUUACAUUAAUGAUAGAAUCAUAUCGUGACCCAUUAUCUUCUUAUUUAGGACAAUCACAUCAAGAAUUUGAUGAAACGUUAAAUUCAUUAAAUUCUGAACUGGAUAGAUUUAAAAAUUCUAAUUUUCAUUGUAUUAGAAUAGUUGGAAAAAAACUUUGA